CUUCCCCGGGGAUCCCGGCUCCGAGCCGGUGGCGCCUAUGAGCUGGCGGCGGCCGCUGGGCUGCGCCCUGGCCACGGAUCCCAGAUCAGUCUGACCGCUGCAUCUUCUAUCUACCCAACUUUUCCAGCCACCUGCCAGAAAAUACUCAGCAAGAAGGAUCUCUUGAAUGCUUUGUAGCAACCCUUGUAGCAGUGGGACACUGAGAGCCCUCAUCCCUCUGCUUCAUCUGUGGCAGAGAGCUCUGCAAGGCGCUGCACAGCCCUGCUCUUGUACUGGGCAGUGCUCUGGGAGCCAAAAACUUACCAAAAGCCUGAUCUCAUCCGAGGUGAAUUCUCUACGUUGCCAGGCGGACAGAGCAGCAGAUGCAAGGGAACAAGAAAGCAGCUCUGGCAGCCAUGCAGGGACCAAGGCCCGUCGUGCUGAGCGGCCCGUCAGGAGCAGGAAAGAGCACCUUGCUAAAGAAGCUGCUUAAAGACUAUGAAAACAUCUUUGGUUUCAGUGUCUCCCACACCACUCGGCAGCCGCGACCAGGAGAAGUGAAUGGCAAAGAUUACCACUUUGUGACCAGAGAAGAUAUGCUGAAGGAUGUCAAUGCUGGCGAAUUUAUCGAGCACGCAGAGUUCUCUGGAAAUAUGUACGGAACAAGCAAAGCCGCCGUACAGGCUGUGCAGGCCCAGAACCAGAUCUGCGUGCUGGACGUUGACAUGCAGGGAGUCAAGAACAUCAAGAAGACGGAUCUGAAUCCCAUCUACAUCUCCAUCCAGCCUCCGUCCCUGGAAGUCUUGGAAAAGAGACUGCGCGAGAGGCAGACGGAGACCGAGGAGAGUCUGCAGAAGCGGCUGAAGGCGGCUCGUGUCGACUUGGAACUUAGUAAGGAGCCCGGCCUUUUCAACUUGGUCAUUAUUAAUGACAACCUAGAAGUAGCCUACCUGAAACUGAAGGAGAUUCUUGCAGAGGAAAUCAAGAAGGCCCAGGGACCCAAGAAGUCCUGAGUUCUGUCUGCUUGGACGUUUUAACAUUGUCUAUCAUUCCCCAGAUGCUUCACAGCUUUUUAUUCCAAAAGAGACAUUCCCUUUUAUCCUGAUCCCCUUCCGAGCAACAACAGGAUGUUAAUAUUAAAAGGCAACAAAAUGGCACCCAGUCCAAACCAA